UUACAUUUACUCUCUCUCUCUCUCUCUCUAGUUUCUCACUUAUUGUUAUUACACACUCUCUCUCAUAAAGUAGGUUACGAGUAGAUGAUUCACUGAACCGGAAAAACAAACCCCAUUUCCUUUUCUUUUCCUUUCUCUUUCGUGUUUUCCCUGAAUCCAAACACCCCAAAGACAGGAAAUCUCAGCCCCAUUUCUUUGAUUGAUCUUUCUCUGGACCUGAUGGACUCACGGGAAGCGACGGCUCCGCCACCGCCGGCCCCACAGAACAUGAUGGUGGGCCAUAACUCGUACGCCAACGCCAUGUCCAACAAUCACAAUCACGGCCACAGCCACAACCACAACCACACCAACAACAACAGCGCCGCGUCGUCGAUGAUGGGCUCGAACUCGAUCGGCUCGGCUCAGAUGCUAGGGGGCGGCGGCGGCGCCAGAUUUCCGUUCAACUCGGUGACACCGCCGCCGCCAUCGGCCUCCAAACCCUUGGACUCUCUGAGCGCCAAUCCGUACGAUGGAUCUUCGUCGCCGGGGCUGAGGCCCUGCGUCGGCGGCGGAGGGUUCAGCAUCGACUCCGGCUCCAAGAAGAAGAGGGGACGGCCGAGGAAGUACUCGCCGGACGGCAACAUUGCGCUGGGACUGUCGCCGACGCCGAUUCCUUCGUCGACCGCGGUCGGCGGUGGUCACGGUGACUCGAGCGGCACCACGCCGUCCUCCGAGGCCUCCGGGAAGAAGCACAGGGGCAGGCCGCCGGGCUCCUCGAAAAGGCAAUUGGACGCAUUAGGUGCUGGUGGAGUUGGGUUUACUCCCCAUGUGAUUAUGGUGAAAGCCGGCGAGGAUAUAGCAUCAAAGGUUAUGGCAUUUUCACAGCAAGGACCACGUACAGUUUGCAUUCUCUCUGCCAAUGGUGCCAUCUGCAAUGUUUCUCUCCGUCAGCCAGCACUGUCUGGUGGUACUGUCACAUAUGAGGGGCGAUACGAAAUCAUUUCUUUGUCAGGUUCCUUCUUCAUCUCUGAUAAUAGUGGUAGCCGCAGCAGGAUAGGUGGAUUAAGUGUGUCACUUGCUGGGCCUGACGGGCGAGUUUUGGGUGGUGGAGUUGCAGGAAUCCUAAUGGCAGCAUCGCCCGUGCAGGUCAUAGUUGGAAGCUUUAUCGUGGAUGGAAACAAAUCGAACACCAACAGUGCUGUAAAGUCUGCACCAGCUGCACCUCAACCCCAAAUGUUAAACUUCGGUGGACCUAUGGCAGGAGGUGACUCUCCCUCACACGGAGACUCCAGCGAGUCGUCUGAGGAGAAUGGCAAUGGCCAUCUUAACAGAGGCCCUGGAUUCUAUAAUGCUAGUCAACCGAUCCAUAAUAUGCAGAUGUAUCAUCACUUGUGGGGUAAUCAGACACACCAGUGAAGAAGCAUUGCAGUUAACAAUACGGCGCAUUGGGGUAUUGACUUUGACGAUUAUUAGAUCUAUUUAUCCGAUGAGGUCAAUUCCAAAUGCUAACAUGCACUGUAAAAACCGCUUUUAGGAGGGUUGAUCCUUUAGUUCUUCUAGAUGAGUUUUUAGUUCUUUUUUUUUUUUUUUGAAUAGUUAACGAUUUUUUUUUUCCCCUUAUUAUUUUGCCCCUCAUCUCCAAAUGAUUUAAACAUGGCUAUUGUUGAUAGCGGAGGAUAUGCCAUCCACUUUAUAGGUUGUCACGAGCUCAAUUUACAUUUUAAGUUGUUUUGCUUC